UAAAAAGAGAAAUUCUACGUAUGUCUAAAUUUGUCCAUCUAAUGAAAAAGAGUUGAAAUUUGUCCGUCAUAGAAGAGGUGCGCAGGGGAUGGCUUCUCAGCUCAAUCACAGCCGGAGCCGGCCGCCACAUUCAUCGACCACCUCCAUCAGAUUCGGAGUUAUACAUCCUAGUUUACAUUUUUUCCGUCUGAGGGAAAUUUAUUUCAUCACUGCCCACAGAUGAUAAGCUACCCCAAGCGCAGAUUUGUACCGUUCGGAAAGGAGACGCCUAUCAACAACCCAAGUUUGAGACAUAUACUUUUUUUUAAUAAAAUCGCCAUUUUCAUGUGUUAAAGAAAAACUCUACGGUGAUUUUUGUUGAAUGAUCAUGGGUCAUCCGGAAACAAUCUCUAUGUGCUUUAGCACAGGGGGCCUUUAAAAUGUCGGGGCCGGCCCGAGUCAAGUCUCUCGUGCCAGGUCGACAAAUCCAUGCAUGUCUAACCAAACUUGGGUUGUUCCAAGACAACAAACAGAGAAACUGUUUGAUAAAUCUCUACGCAAAAUGUGGGGAUUUUGGGAAUGCCCACAAGCUGAUUGAGGAAAGUCCGGAACCAGACUUGAUUUCUUGGUCUUCUUUGAUAUCAGGGUAUACCCAGAAUGGCCUUUCAGAGGAGGCCACUUUAUCUUUCAGAAAAAUGCAUUCUUUGGGUCUAAAAUGUAAUGAAUUCACGUUCCCCAGUGUGCUCAAGGCAUGUUCUAUAAAAAGGGAUCUUUUGCUAGGGAAACAGAUUCAUGGGGUUGUGGUGGUGACCGGGUUUGGAUCUGAUGUUUUUGUAGCUAACACUUUGGUCGUUGUGUAUGCAAAAAGUGGUGAACUUUCGGAUUCCAGGAAACUGUUUGACGAAAUCCCAGAAAGAAAUGUCGUAUCAUGGAAUGUUUUGUUUUCUUGUUACACUCAGAACGAUUUUUUCAGGGAAGCAGUGAGUUUGUUUCAAGAAAUGGUUCAGAGUAGUAGAAUAAAACCAGAUGAGUACAGUUUAUCAACAAUAUUGAAUGCCUGUACAGGAUUAGCAGAUAUUUAUCUAGGGAAGAAAACCCACUGCUAUCUAUUAAAGAUUGGUCACGAUUCAGACCAUUUUUCAUCAAAUGCACUCGUGGACAUGUACGCAAAACUGGGUGACUUGGAAGACGCAAUUGCUGUUUUUCAUGGAAUUUCAGAACCAGACGUUGUUUCGUGGAAUGCUAUAAUAGCCGGAUGUGUUCUUCGUGAGUGUCACGAUCAAGCAUUGGAAAUGUUGGGCUGGAUGAGAAGGUCCGGAAUGUUUCCGAACAUGUUCACCUUAUCAAGUUCUCUGAAAGCUUCUGCUGCACUGAAGCUUCAGACUGCAGGAAAAUCAUUGCAUUCUCUUCUGAUAAAGGAAGACAUAGUUAUAGAUCCAUUUGUGAGUGUUGGGCUGAUUGAUAUGUACUGUAAAUGCGAUUUGAUGAACGAUGCGAGACUAAUAUAUGAUUAUAUGCCCGAGAAAGACUUGAUAGCUCUGAACGCUAUGAUAUCUGGAUAUUCACUGAACGAAGAAUACACUGAAUGCCUAACCCUUUUCGCUAACAUGCACAAGAGCGGAAUAAGAUUUGACCAAACGACUUUACUAGUAGCCCUAAACUCCACUGCUGGAUUGCAAGCUUAUGAUGUUUGUAAGCAAAUUCACACACUGUCCGUUAAAUCAGGGUUUCACUCUGAUCCCUAUUUGGUAAACAGUCUCAUUGAUUCAUAUGGAAAGUGUAGCCUACUUGCCGAAGCAGCUAAAAUCCUUGAUGAAUUACCUUUUGUAGAUUUACCAUCAUUUACCUCUUUGAUUACAGCUUAUGCUCAAUACGGAAAAGGGGAAGAAGCUCUGAAGCUAUAUUUAAGGUUACAGGUUUUGGGUAUAAUCCCAGACUCAUUUGUUUGUAGUUCUCUUCUCAAUGCCUGUUCUAAUCUGUCAACUUAUGAACAGGGGAAACAAAUCCACGUUCAUGUCUUGAAAUAUGGGUUCAUGUCUGACACCUUUGCUGGAAACUCUCUAGUAAACAUGUAUGCCAAAUGUGGGAGCAUAGAGGACGCAGGGCGUGCCUUCUCUGAGGUUCCAAAGAAAAGUAUCGUCUCGUGGUCAGCCAUGAUUGCGGGACUUGCCCAACACGGGAAUGCCAAAAAGUCCCUUGAUUUGUUCAACGAAAUGCUUACUGAUGGAAUUACCCCUAACCACAUAACGUUAGUUAGUGUUUUGUGUGCAUGUAACCAUGCUGGUUUAGUUUCAGAAGCAAGAAUCCAUUUCAAAACGAUGAAAGAGAGAUUUGGAAUUGAGCCAACACAAGAACAUUACGCUUGUAUGGUCGACGUUCUUGGGCGAGCGGGCAAAUUGGAAGAGGCUAUUGAUCUAGUAAAUCAAAUGCCUUUUGAGGCUAAUGCGUCCGUAUGGGGGGCACUUCUCGGUGCUUCAAGAACACAUAAAAAUGUGGGCAUAGGAGAACAAGCCGCACAUGAGCUUUUCAUUCUUGAACCUGAGAAGUCUGGGACCCAUGUUCUUCUUGCAAACAUUUAUGCUUCUGUUGGGUUGUGGGCAAAUGUGGCGGAGGUUAGAAGAUCGAUGAGAGACAGCAAAGUAAAAAAGGAACCAGGGAUGAGCUGGAUUGAGGUUAAAGACACGGUGUACACAUUCAUAGUGGGAGACAGAAACCAUCCCAGAAGUGAAGAGAUAUAUGGAAAACUUAAGGAGUUGGGUGAGUUAAUGGGUAAAGAAGGGUACGUUCCCAUGGUGGAGGUUGAUCUACAUGAUGUGGAAAAAGAACAAAAGGAGAUUUUACUGUCAUACCAUAGCGAGAAGUUAGCUGUAGCGUUUGGGUUGAUUGCUACCCCUCCUGGAUCUCCCAUUAGGGUGAAGAAGAACCUUAGGAUUUGUUUGGACUGUCAUACAGCCUUCAAGUUCAUAUGUAAGAUUGUCUCUAGAGAAAUCAUAAUUAGAGAUGUUAACAGGUUCCACCACUUCAAAGAUGGAUCUUGUUCUUGUGGGGAUUAUUGGUAGCCUCCUUCAUUCAGCUAAGGCAGUCUUUUUGCAAACCAGCACAGUAUGGUGAGUUUGAAGUUUUAAAGGGUCGUACCUAUGAUUGAAUGAGUUUCAAGUGCAACUGCAGUGCGGAUGGUUUUACAUGACACCAUUUAGAUAGCAAGUUGCUGCCAAGUGUGAAUUUCCACAGGAACUGAGAGUUGCCUGUGGCCAAACGGAUCGCCACCUCCACAUGUCACCAACAGGCACGCCAAUUGAUUUUUAUUUAAUUAUUUUUCUUUCUUCCAACUUGAAGAAUUCUGUUUUCUUUUUCUUUCACGGUGAAUUACAAUAGAAAUGGUAAUAACUUUGUUCUAACUUUUGAUAAAAUAACUUCUUGUUCUUAUUUUUUUUUAUAGAGGUAGAUAUUUUAUGCUAUGCAGUUUAUUGUUGGGCAUUUCGCUUCCAAUAUAUUAACUGUAACUAGCAUCUCCAAUCGGGUAUAGAGGACAACCCCUUUUAGCGAUGAACAUUCAUAUUUGGUUCUGAAAUAGAAGUGCAUCUCCAGGGCAGUAGGAGAUAUAAUGUAUGUAAUAUUGCAACUGCUUACAAGUUACAGCCCCCGAAUGUCCAGAUGGAUGAGUUGGUCAAGAUUUAGAUAACAAGAUAUGCUUCUAAAGCAGUUAAAUGCCAAAAAGUAACUAUGAACUUUUAAAGCUGAUGUGGAUUAAUGAUUAUUUGUAGGUUCUGGAAAAUCUGACAUCUUUUUCCUCUUAUCUAAACAUUCUGGAAAAUCAUUCACAUCAAAUUUUACUCAUAAAAGUAUUAGGGUUGGCUGGGGUUGGUCCCACUAGCUACGCUCCUGGUUGUUACGAGUAGGCAUUUCAGGUGGGCACUCUUAAACUGCCAUUGUAUUUCUCUUUCUUCUCUGUAAUCGACCUUCUUGAGACUGUUCACUAUUUCUUCAUCUUUCAUUUCUUGAAUUUACUCUGAAAUUAGCUAGUUACCUAACAUUGGUAUCAGAGCAUCGUUCUUGCACCUAUUCAUGGAGGAAAGCGAGCCUGAAACGAUGGAAAGUAGACUGGAGUUCCUGGAGUGCAAUUUUGAACGUUAUCGCGAGGAGAUGCGGAACCAUCGCGAGGAGGUACGGAACCAUCGUGAGGAGAUGAGGAACCAUCGUGAGGAGAUGCGGAACCAUCGCGAGGAGAUGCGGAACCAUCACGAGGAGAUACCACGAACCAUUGCGAGGAGGUGCGGAAAGAUUGCGCGGAGUUGCGCAAAAUGAUACUACAGGGGAACGGUCAGCGUGAGCGAGGAAGAUCGUUGACCAUAAAGCGCUGUCGGAUCUCGAAAAGCAAGAGCAGUUCGCAAACAGUUCUUCAAUGUUCGCAGAAUUCGUCGAGUUCGCAGAGUUUGUCGCUACCUGAUUCGCUCAGUUCGCAAGCUUCGUCUCAGGCGAUAACUGUUUCUACCAGUUCGCCAUUGCUAACAGAGCAUCACCAAUAGUCAUCUCAAGUUUCUUUACUGGGGAUUUCAUUGACGACACCAAAUCUUGAGUGGAAGCUGGCUGAACCCUCAGUUCCGGAAUCGGAUUCAGACGAGGAUACUAAUCAGUCUAAGGGAUAUUCACCAGAUGAUAUGGAAGAGUCUGAACCGAUAAAAUCUAAUAUUCCUUACAUUCAUGAAGGAAAUCGUACCUACCACACUGAUCUUGUCGUGGAACUGAACAACAUUACCACAGGGGCUGAUGAGGGGGCCUGUAUCACCCACCUAUCCUUACCUAUGAGGGUCAGAGGUAUGCCCUUGUACUGAACGAAACACAGGAUAUUUUAAAUCUUUGUUGGGUAGAGUUCAAGAACGUGAGUUGGGUGUUUUAGGGAAUAUUGUGCACCUUCAUUCAUCAAAGAGAAUUUUGGAAGGGCUGAAUAAGUUUGAUGGCUUCAGAUUUGAUGGUGAUACUUCUGGGAAGUAUGUCCAGAAUGGGCUGGGAGUAGGAAUUAUUGGGAAUUGGAGGGAAAAGGUUGAUUAUGGUACUGAUGAUAAUGCUGAAGUGUUUGUAAAGAUUGACAAUGAUUUCAAGCCCUCUAUCUUCCAAGAGGCCAUGAUAAUUUGGGAAAAUGCAAUGAGAAUGCCAAAAGUUUGUAUAAUCAUUCAAGGAGGGGUAGGUUUGGAUUAUUGGUUUCAUAUGGCUAUUGCGUUAUAAUUCCAUUGCUAUGAGAAACUCUUUCUCCCGGAUAGAUUGGUGGUACUAAUCAAAGCAAAACAGUGAGGAAACACACUGAUCUAGCUAGAAGAGAUAGAUGAUAGUGUUUAUUGAAUGAAAAGGGAUCAACGUAAGUAACAAAGCAACGGGACUGUUCGAGAAGCCCACUCUCCAAAGGCAACACCCAAAUCAAAUAACAGCCUCCCUCAAUUAGCUAUUCCCCCCUUCUAUUGAUAGCUAUUAUCCACAGGGAUAUGCCAGAUAUUACUAAUACCCCCCUCCCUUCUAUUAAUACUACUACAAGCACCUUUACUAUUAUCAUCAUCGUCGGCGUCGUCGGCGUCAUCAUCAUCAUCAUCAUCAUUAAUAGCCCCUACUAAACCAUAUUCCUAUCAAUACUCCCCCCUAAACAACCACCUUGUCCUCAAGGUGGGUGAUAGGAAACAGCCUUGAUCUGCAACUUUUUCUUCAUUCUGGCGCCACUUCCUUCCCAAUACAUCCCGGGUUUCUGGACCUUUAACUUCAGUACUUGAAGCUGCAUCUUAUUGUUCUUCACUUCAAAAGCGAGUAGAAACAAAGUCAUGAUGGCAGAGUGCUCCCUUAGGUCGCAAAAGUUUGAAUCUCCCAUCAACUGCAUCUCUUCCCUAUAGAUUUCAGCCUGCAUUAUGUGUGUCCAGGGAAUCUUAGGAAUAUCAGAAUCUGAACCCACUCACUGUUACAAAAAUUGCAGCUCGGCAACUACAUUCCAACCCAUAAAGCAAUAAUUCAAGUAAGAGUCCACCCAAAAGACUGCUUUUCGCCAAAGGUAAAGACGAAAACCAUGCUGCCUCAUUCCCACCCGGAAAAGCUUGAUGGUAGAAAUGCUGAAACGGCAAUCCUUGGCCCUGCUCAUGCAUGUAUCUCAGGUUAAACAAGGCUUGAGCAUUGUCUUGUGAUUUGAUAUGCUUAUAAGCUUUUGCUGCACGUUCAUAACCUCGGUCAUUAUCCUCACCAUAAUAAUAUGAAUCUCCAAUGGGUGGAACCACAUUUUCAUUACCCUGCACAGAAACCUGCCACCACCCAGAAUCUGCUUCAUCUUCUAUCAAGUACUUGUCGGCCAGCUUCAAUUCCCUUUUAACCCCAAACUCUUUCAGAUCCAUAACCACAACGUUGUAGAACCAAGCAAACUCAUCAUUAUCAGUAUCUUUGUCAAAAUUCUCUUUUACCAAGAUAUAGUUAUUCUUCACCCCAUGAUCCUUCAUGUAAAAGUAUUCCAUAGUAUCAUAAGACGACUCUAUUGCCUUUGGGUAAUUCCUCCCAACUCCUGCUCCUCUUCAUACAUAUAUUUCUCCAAGAAAUUCCCUUGACCUCGCCUCGCCCUGAUCAACAGCCUUACAAAACCAUGAUACUGCUGUGGCAUGGACACACCUCACUCCCUGAACUGCUCCUUCACUUGAUAAAACAGAUCUCUGAAAUUUCAGUUCAUGCACUCCUGAAGAUUCCACAGCUAAGUGCUGGCAUCCUUCCUUUAUUUCAUAUUUCACAAGAGACCCGUCUGUUUCUGCAAGUACUCCAUUCCUUGCAGCUUCAGUAACAAUCAUCACCUUUUCACUUCCUGCACAUAUGGGAGCUGUCAGUUGGAAAGUCUGUUCGCAAAAUCCUUGGUCAAUCAAACUACUAUCGUUGAAAACUUUUUUCUUAGGCUUUGAGAAGCUUCCCCAUAUAGCUCUAACUCGUCCAAGCUCAUCAGUAUUAGUGAUAAUUGACUUGUUCAACCCCACCAUAGACACAACAUCUCCACGAUAAGGCGGUGGUUCAGCACGGAGUUCGGCAGCAUGAACAGAUGGAGGCAUGUGAACUUCCAGCACCACAAGAGCGGGUUCAACCACACACUCGGCAAUAGAGGCAUUUGCUGAUUUUGUAACAAAGCCCUCACAAUCUCUUAUUACCUCAUCAUCUAUAUUGGUUUCAAGCAAUUUUUCUUUUGUAAGUACUUGUGAGGAACCAUCAGAUAGAACAAUUUCAUCAGCUAACAAGCUUUCUUUCUCUGAAACUAACUUAUGACUGAUUUGCAUAGCUGCAAUACCAUCUAUUGACUUGUGUUUAAAAUGUUCAGCUGUUUCCUUCAUUGGAGUUUCCCCAACACAAUCAACACUUCGGUACAACAACCAUUCAUUCUCAGAAUCUAUGCCAGACCAGAGAAGCAAGCCUGGGGAUAAAGCUGGCUUAGCCAUCCCUAAGCCAGGACUGUCAUCACGGUUGUACAUCUUUGUUUUCCAAGGAUCUUCCAAACUAUCAAUUAGAGUUCCAGUCGGUUGCGAUGUAUCCUCUUUCGGCUCUAGGAUUGAAGGUGCAGCUGUUUUCAAUUCUGUGUUCAUUGUGCUUAGUUGAGUCCCCUGCAGUCUCUUUCCUGAUGCUACUAAGUCAAUGGUCCGGGAGGCGGAUGAAUCUGGCGGAAGGUGGGAAACGACAAGCAAUGAUGCAGUGUGAGGAGUUGUUAGCGACUGUGAACUGGAGAAGAUGCUAGCGUCUGUGUCAGUUUGCCGCAAAUCUGAUGGAUUAGGAGAAGUUGCUUGCAGAAACCCCUGCGAACUGGAAUGAUAUGUGAGCGUCGAACUCUGCGACCUAUGAGAGGCUGUACGUGACGGGGCCAGUGAACUGAGGACAUCUGCUCGGGACGACGCUUGCGAACCGGGAAGAGCUGUUGGCGAUGAUGAUGAAGUUCGCGAUUGCGAAGAAGAAAAUCGCGAUUGCGAACUGUGAGAAUUCCUUGACGAUCGUGACUCCUGAACCUCUGACUUCCGAUUGCGUUGUUGGAAACGCCGAUUUAUGUCCUUCAGAACUUCCCAACUCUUUCCUCGCGUUCGAAAUUCCCACCCUUCAAACCAGUAAAACGCAUCAUCCUCCAUAGCCUCUGCUGCGACUUAAAUUUUAUUUUUCUCCCCAGUAGCCUUGAGACGGAAAUAUUCUUCCAUCCUCACAAUCCAACUGUCUGCAUCAUCCCCGUUAAACCACGGUAGUUCAACCUUUCUUCCCGUACGAACAUGUCUUCUCCUGUUAUCGCCAUCCACCCUAGAACUAGAAGGGUAGGAAUUUCUCGCGUCCGCGAGAUGCGAAGUGCGAUGUGGAGUGCCAUGCGAGCUGAGCGGAUUGAGCGAGUGAUGCCUCAAUCGAUUCUGGUUGCUGUUCGUCUUCGUGGAUUGAGCCAAGGUCAUCGCAAUUUUCUCCGGCUUGUUUGUACGUAAUUCUAGUUGCGCACGAUUAACGAUCCUCUACAGUGUUGACGUGCUCUGCUGAAGUCGCAGUUCAAUUCCGAUCCCAGGAGCAACUGCUCUGAUGCCAUUGAUAGAUCAGUGGUAUAAAUCAAAGCAAAACAGUGAGGAAACACACAGAUCUAGCUAGAAGAGAUAGAUGAUAAUGUUUAUUGAAUGAAAAGGGAUCAACAUAGGUAACAAAGCAACGGGACUGUUCAAGAAGCCCACUCUCCAAAGGCAACACCCAAAUCAAUUAACAGCCUCCCUCAAUGAGCUAUUCCCCCCUUCUAUUUAUAGCUAUUAUCCACAGGGAUAUGCCAGAUAUUUCAUACCCCUCCCUUCUAUUAAUACUACUACAAGUACCUUUACUAUUAUUAUUAUUAUUAUUAUUUCUUAUUAAUAGCCUACUAAGCCAUAUUCCUAUCACUCCCAUUCUUGGUGAUCACACAGAAUAAAGUGAGAAAUAUUAAAAUGCUGCCUGUUGACCUCAAGCCUAUAAUGGAAGGACUUCCAAUGUUUAAAUUGACCUCUCAGAUGUUAUUCUUGUUGAAUGAUCCUGAUUUGGCAAAUUCUUAUUCUAUGGCUAGAAGCCCAGCAGUUGGAUGCCUUUUUCGUAUGAGUGGCCCUUACAGGGAAAUUGUUAUAUCUUAUCUUGAUUCUUCCAGCCUCCAGCAUCAGCAACAAGGAUUGAAUGAUUUUGGUUCUUUAAAUAUGUUGACUAUUUGGAGAGAGGGUGUUCUUGAAGUUCAUUCAAGCAUCGGUGUGUUAGAAUCUGGUGUUGAGAACACGAAUUACUAUUCAUUGAUCAUCUACCAGGACCUACUGGUGUCAACUACACUUUUUAAUGACGACUUGAUGAAUUUUUUUACUCCUGCUGUCUUGAGACUGAAUCCAAAUGUUUUUUCUUCUGGCCUGAGCUCUUGGUCCUGUUUUUGUAAAGGAAAUGAUACAUCUAAUAACUCAGGAAGGUGGCAUGAUGAGAAUGCAUACCACGUGAGUGGGUACUGCUAUGUGCUAGUGGACAGUGAUUAAUGCAUCUCAAGAGUUUCAAUGGUACUGACCAAGCUCGGAGAAGAGGGUGAUCUGGAAAGAAACAGAUCAAAGUGUGAUGGUCCAAGCAAUGAAAAUGAGGAGGAAAAAUGUCUGAGAAUUGAUAAACAACCAGGGAGAUACUGGGAAGGUUUCGACUGCCGGUUUCAUAGGACUAUAAACUGUUUUACAAUUGCUUCGGAGAUACUUGCGUGAAAAUGCCCAUGGACUAUUGGCAGAGAGAUUGAGAAUAACUGUAUGGAAAGGUUGAGCAUCUUUGAGAAACAGGUGGUGCUAUAGGCAUGAGUUGAGCUGCUUUGCUUUCAAAGUAUGAUGAAUUCUGAUGCACUAUGAUAUGCGAUAUGCCCCAGGAGAAGGUUUGCCGAGGCAUAUAAUGAAUCCAGUUUUUAGUUAUUCCAGAUGGAAGGAAUGUACCAUUAUAAGUUUGUCAUUUAAGUGUGGUGUCUCCAAGAUGGUGCUUCUUGGGAUGACUAUAAAAACAUUAGUGAUAAAAAGAACUCUUUGAAACAGGGCUGACGGGCGAUUAAAUUUUUUGUCCUGACAUAACUUUCGUGAUCACAUGUAUUAAUACGUAAUAAGUUUUUAUAUUCAUUCUUUCGAAUGUAAAACACCAACAUGUCCUCGCGACAUAUUAUUUUUGUUAUUAAUUAAAAUCGUAAACGUCCUCAUGCCA